UUUUCCAGAUAUGGAUGGAAACCUCCUAACGUCUUGUCUUGUCUUAAUGCUUAAAAAUAUAUAAUACACCCAAAACCCACAAAAUCAUUUGGCACUUCUCUUCAGAUUGAAAAAUUACCAUAGUUGCUUAAUUGGUUAGUGAUGCAUUCCCUUCUUCUAUAUAAACCGCCUCUUUUACUCGUGUCCUCAACCCCUCCCUGUCAAAACACUACAAACCUAUCAUCAACUUUUCCAAUGGAUUGCUCUACCUUUUCCCUGAGAACCUUUUCUUAUGUGAAGGUCACCAAUCCUGGUGCAGGACCCACCAAAUCACUCUUUCCUUCCAAGUUUUCAACCCCAUCUCUCACUCAGAGUUCGACACUCCUCCUUUCAAACACUUCAAGCUUUAGCAACUUCUCUGUCCCCAAGAGAUCUUUCUCCUACAGAAGCCAAACGUCUUCAUCUGAUGAUACAAGGCCCACAAAGGUCCAAGAGCUGAAUGUAUACGAGUUCAAUGAGAGAGAUCGUGAUAGUCCAGUUUAUCUCCGCUUGAGCCAGAAACCUGUUAAUUCUCUUGGUGACCUUGUGCUUUUUACCAACAAACUUUACACAGGAGAUCUGAAAAAACGUAUAGGAAUAACAGCAGGAAUAGGCGUAUUGAUCCAAAACAAACCGGAGAAAGGAGACCGUUACGAAGCCAUCUCCAGCUUCUACUUCGGCGAUUACGGCCACAUAGCGGUGCGAGGACCAUACAAGACCUACGAGGAUACGUAUCUGGCGGUGACGGGAGGGUCGGGCAUUUUUCAGGGGGUGUAUGGCGAAGUUAAGCUGCACCAGUUAGUUUUUCCAUUGAAGCUCUUCUAUUCGUUUUCCUUGAAGGGUAUAAAGGAGCUACCUGAGGAGCUGCUAGGCACUCUGGUUGACCCACAGCCUUCUGUGGAGCCUCACCCUGAUGCUAAGGCUGGUCACUCUCAUGCUGCUAUUGCUAAUUUCACCGAUUGAUAAAUUAUCCUUUGGGAUUUAGGGAACUAAUAAAAUAAACUAAAAUAUUGGGAUGUUACCUUUCAAAUGUCGUUUUCAUGUAUUUGCUUUUGUUUUGUCAGUGGAAAAUUGUCGUUUUGAUAGCAAAA